UGUGGGCGGGGACAAGGGGGGCGGGGCUGAAAAUUCAAGAAGAUCAAUAUGAGCUAAGGUGUUAGGAGGGGUUGUGUUGGUUCCGUGAGUGGGUGCUGUGGUGUCAGUGUGUGUGGUCGCUGGUGGAUGUAGCGGGAGCUCUGAGCAGUCAGUCUGGUGCCAGGAGCAGCAGUUAGUGAACACUCUCACAGAAGCGCAGUGUGGAUGGGUUUCUUAUGUUCUCCUUAUUAAUCAGAGCAGGCUGCCAGGUUAUGUUUACUUUAUCUUUGCUAUCAAGUUUUUGUUUUCUCCCUCUUUGCUUCCAUUUGGUACACACACCUUGUUAUUUACUGAGGGAUUAGCAGAGGUCACAGGGGUUGCUGUUUAGGGGCAGAGUGAACAGGUGCAGUACCUGUGCAAUGAGCUGCAUUCCUCUAGUCUGACCGGUGCAGUCAUCCUGAUACUGAGGAUAAUGUUCUGUCUGAAGCAAAACAAGCGCUUCCUCUUUUCUAGUACUGCGUAUGGAACAGAGUUAGAAUCCUUAAAUCUCCGUAAUUAAUAACAAAAGUAGUACAGCCUUUAAGCUGCAGGCACAUUUUGCAACAGUAGUUCCUUUCUCAGCCAACCUGGUGAUCAAGUGUACCUGCCUGCCAUGCUGUGUCUCAUAAAUCACGCCUUCUAAACUGUGAAACCGUUACUGAAAAGAGCGUCCUGUCUCCUGGUGACACAGAAGAACUGCUGAUGCGCAGUCUGCCUGCAGAGAUUUGUUGCCUCGUUUUGAAGAGACCCAAGACGAAGGCCAAGAGCAAGCAGGUGAUUGAGAAUAGCCUUGGGAUGACAUGGGACCUGAUCUCUGAUUGUGAAGAAACCCAUCUGGGCCCAUGGACAUUUUUAUAUAUGUCCAAUUUGCAUACGAGGCUCCUACUUUGAUAUUCCUCUGCUGUUGAAGGUAGAACUUCUCACCUGCCACUAGCCAUAGAAACUUAGGAAGCCUUGUCAGAAAAGAUGAAGACAAAGAAGGCACUGAGUUCAUCAGCCUUUUCCAAGUCCCGUGUCAAGUCUCUGUGGACUUCCUUUGCUGAUGGCAGAGUCAGACUGAGAAUAGAUAACUCGUGUCCGCAGACUCCCAUAACAGUUCAUCAGAUGUUCAAGGAGAGCCUCGAAAAAUAUGGAUCUCUUAAUGCUUUGGCCAGCAGAAAGAACGGAAAGUGGGAGAAAAUAACUUUUUCAGAGUAUUAUUGCCUUUCCAGGAAAGCAGCCAAGAGCUUCUUGAAGCUUGGUCUUGAACGAUUCCACAGUGUAGCAAUCCUUGGAUUUAAUUCUCCAGAGUGGUUCAUCUCAGCUGUUGGAGCUGUGUUUGCUGGAGGAAUCGUCACAGGAAUAUAUACAACCAAUUCUCCAGAGGCAUGCCACUACAUUGCUUAUGACAGCAAAACCAACAUCAUGGUUGUGGAAAAUCGGAAGCAAUUGGACAAGAUAAUGCAGAUCUGGAAUCGUUUGCCACACUUGAAAGCUGUUGUGCUAUACAAGGACUCAAUUUUGGAGAGACAUCCAAAUUUGUAUACGAUGGAAGAGUUCCUGAAGCUAGGAGAUGAUAUAUCCGAUGCUACUUUAGAUGACAUUAUUAACUCCCAAAAGCCGAAUCAAUGCUGUGUACUAAUAUACACAUCAGGAACAACUGGGAAGCCAAAAGGAGCAAUGCUGAGUCAUGACAAUAUAACUUGGACGUCAGCACAUUGCAGCAGAGCAGGAGAUAUGCAACCUGCAGAGGUCCAACAGGAGUCCAUAGUCAGUUAUCUUCCACUCAGCCAUAUAGCUGCACAAAUAUAUGACCUGUGGACUGGAAUCAAAUGGGGAGAGCAAGUUUACUUUGCUGAGCCAGAUGCUCUGAAGGGAAGUUUGAUCAACACACUAAAAGAAGUGCAGCCAACAUCUCACAUGGGAGUUCCCAGAGUAUGGGAGAAAAUCAUGGAGAAAUUAAAGGAUGCUUCUGCUCAGUCAGGAUUUGUGAAGAAGAAAAUGCUGUCAUGGGCUAUGUCAGUGAGCUUAGAGAGAAACCUGAACUGCUCAAGCAGCAGUGACUUAAAGCAAUUUUGGACAAGGUUAGCAGACUACUUGGUGCUUGCUAAAAUACGCAGUGCGCUGGGUUUCUCUAGCUGUCAGAAGCACUUUUGUGGUGCUGCUCCUCUCAAUACAGAAACACUGUAUUUUUUCUUGGGUCUGAACAUCACCUUGUAUGAAGCCUAUGGGAUGAGUGAGACCACAGGCCCGCAUUGCCUCUCGGGGCCACAUAACUACAGGCAGCACAGCUGUGGUAAACCAGUACCUGGCUGCAGAGUGAAAUUAGUGAAUGAAGAUACAGAAGGCAAUGGAGAAAUCUGUUUCUGGGGAAGGACUGUUUUCAUGGGUUAUUUAAACAUGGAAGACAAAACAAAAGAAGCCUUUGAUGAGGAUGGGUGGCUGCAUUCUGGAGAUUUAGGAAAACUAGACAAGGAUGGCUUUCUCUAUGUCACUGGAAGAAUUAAAGAUUUGAUUAUUACAGCUGGAGGUGAAAACGUGCCUCCCAUUCCAAUUGAAGAUGCUGUUAAAAAAGAACUCCCAAUUGUUAGUAACGCCAUGGUGAUUGGAGAUAAAAAGAAAUUUUUGUCCAUGUUGCUGACCUUAAAGAGUGUCCUGGACCCAGAUACAUCAGAUCCCACUGACAUCCUCACUGAACAAGCUAGAGAUUUCUGCCAGAAGAUCGGUAGUAAAGCUACUACAGUAUCAGAAAUUGUAGCUACAAGGGAUCAGGCGAUCUACCAAGCCAUUCAGGAGGGAAUCAACAAAGUCAACAUGAAUGCUACUAAUAGGGUUCAUUGCAUUCAAAAAUGGAUAGUGCUGCCAAGAGACUUUUCUAUUUCUGGGGGAGAACUAGGUCCCACCAUGAAGUUAAAACGGCUCACUGUGCUUAAGAAAUACAAAAACGAAGUGGACUCUUUCUAUGAAGAGUAAGAAGCCUUUCAUCGAAGCAGUGGGAACGAUUUGUAAGCUACAGGAUGUAUUUCCUAAUCAAAAUCAUUAAGGAAGUCUUAUGCUUGUUUUUAUUUUGUAGUCUGUUGAAUUCAUGCACUAGAAAACUGCUAUGUUAAUUUAGUUAUUCCUGAUACUCACCUGAUAGUUUGUCCUGUUCUAUACGGCGUCUCUGUUUUCUAAUAUGGAUUUUAAAUUAUGCACUAAAUGAGCAAGAUUAAUGAUAUCCUCGUAGGUUGUGUGAAGUGAGUAUAAGUUCUCUAGACUGAAACAGAAAAAAUACUGAUCUGUCCUUAUAAUUUGUUUGUUCUGCAGGAGGUUGCCUGUAGCUUAUGCUGUAUUUUGGUAGAUGAAUAGUGAGCAGUACUGUUUAGUAAAACUGUUACACCACUCUGAUGAUAAAGCUGAUUAGUUUUAAAAAUAACAAUAAUAAAAAAAUCCAAGGCCUG